AUGGACAUGGUCUUGGCACCUUCACAACAUAUCGAUGCUAUAGCAUUGAAUUUAGUUAUUAGAGACCUUGAUUAUAUCAUUCAGUAUAUCAGUCAAAGGAUCAUAAUAGAAGAGAGAUAUCUUGCAGAUCUUUUAAAGCUUACAGGAGAUGUGCAGGCAAUACCUAAUAAGGAAAACGCCAUUGGAUUACAGAAAUGCUUUUUGAGUUAUGUCGAUAUAACAGAUCAGUAUAAACCAUUUAGAGAACAGUAUUUGAAAAAGAUGAAAGAACAACUGGAAGAGCUAAAGAAGUUCAGGGCAAGUAUAUCAGCUAUCAUCAUUUCUUAUCGAAUGUAUGAUAAAAACAAAUACUGGAUGCAUCAAACAAAUCAAGAAUACUUGAUGAACAGAUUAAAAAAGCUUCCCAAAGUGCAGCAAAUCUAUACUCAAAAAUGGGAGGAAAUUGAAAAAUCAACAGGUCUAUCGAUAUCAACUCCAAUGAUCGCCACACCAAAUACUCCAUCUGCUACAUUUCCUAUAUUAAAGAAGGAAUUAACAAAUGAAGAGACGUCAUCAAGUGAAAACCAAAUAUCGCCCUCUUCGCCACCAACGCAACAAGGUAGAAUCGAGAGGUUCAUGAAAAAGCAUUUAAAUAAACAGGAGGACCCGACAAGACAGAACAUUCGUAUAGCUAAACUAAAAGUGGAGGUUGCUGAAGCCGAUACAAAUUAUCGAAAUGUAGUACGGGAAGUCAGCAACCUAGCAAUCAAAAUGGAUGCAACGAAUCAGCAUAUUCUAAGGCAAGUUCAAAGCUCACUGAAGGAGAAAUCAAGCCGAGUGAAAGAUAUCCUAAAGACUGCUUUAGAGGCGGAUAUCGAGCAGCUGCAACAAACACAAAAGCCUUUAAAGUCAAUGCUCGAUCUGGUUGUCACUACAGAUACUCAAUCUGAAUCUGAGCAUUAUGCAAGUUUAUCUCUGCUUCAAAAAUACCCAAAGCCUACACCCGUUUACUACAGAAACCAUCAUGUUGGUGAAUGCAAAGACUUGAUCUUUGGUACGACUUUAACCGAGUAUGCUCAACAAAGAGGCAGGUCUCCACCAAUUCUGAUCACAAAAUGUAUUGAGGCAAUCGAGAACUUGGGUGGACUGGAGAAAGAAGGCAUCUAUCGUGUACCUGGGAAACAAAGUAGCAUGGAAAAGAUAAAACAUGCCUUUGAGAGAGACGAAGAAGCAGUUGUCAUUGGUCAAAAUGAUGUACCUGAGGAUAUCUUUAGCAUAGCUUCUAUUAUAAAAGUAUUCUUACGAGAACUAAAGACACCAUUGUUUCCGUUCAAAUUGGAUGAACGACUCAUUUACUCACGCAAUGAUAUAGAAAUCCCUGAUCAAGAAUUGAGAUUGAUGAAUUUAUUAACCAGACUAAUAAAAUUGCCUGCAGCCAAUUAUGACACCUUAAAGGCACUUAUAGCACAUUUAGCAAGAAUUCAAUCUCGCGUUGAGAAGAACAAAAUGACAAUCAGUAAUCUGACAUUAAUAUUUACACCAGCCAUCUUUCAAGACUUGAAUCAAGCACAAAGCUCACCUGGUGAAUGGGCAAAGGAUUGUGUAUUGGAAGAUUUAAUACUGAAUUACAAUGACAUAUUUGCAAACAAAGAUUUGCAUAACAAUUCUGCUAUCACAGGGGACAUUGAAUACGGCUUCAGCGAAAGCAAUAGUAAUGUCGAUAGCAACAGAUAUGCCAUAGCUAUUACUUCACCCGAAAGCCCAACCGAGGUUGAUUAUGCUUUAAUAUCAAAUGCAAACGAAAAUAGCUAUAUUCUAUCUCUUGAUGACGAAGAGGAUUCUUUUGAAGAACAGUAUGAGAAAGUAUUGCCAGUAAAGGAAGAAACAAAAUUGCCUGAGCGCAAGUCGUCGAUAGCACCCGAACCUUCUAUGUCAAAGCCAAAAGAUAGAAGAUACAAAACUCAAUUUCAGGAGAAGGGACUCAGGCUUGACACCUCUAUUAGUAAUAAGCAAACAAUCACACCUUCAGCCAAAAGCGCAACUGUACCUUCUUAUGAUUGGCUCAAGAGAGACCCUGAAAAUAGCCCUGUACCUAGUACAACCAAGCUGAAGAGGUCAUCAACCACUGGUAGAAAGCUAUCAUCCAAGCGCAAGAAUUACAACCUUGAUCCUGAUGCUGCUGCCGCGUUUGUUCAGCUCAAGGCCAGUUCGUCAACUACUACCUAA